AUGUUUUUAAAUACUUUUCGGCACUGUGUAUAUCAUUCAAAACCAGUUUUCACUAGAACAAUGUCUGUUUAUAGCGUUUACAUUACUAGGCCUGAUAUACCAAAUAUAGCGAUAGAAUUACUUAAAAAGAAAGGUUACAAUGUGACUGUGUGGCCCCAUAUGACUCCAAUUCCUAGGGAGGAACUUUUGAAAGAAAUCGUCGGAAAGGAUGCUUUGUAUUGUGUUAUUACUGAUAAAAUAGAUGCUGAAGUUUUAAAUAAAGGUGAUAAGUUAAAAGUUAUCAGUACAAUGUCUGUCGGUUAUGAACAUUUGGAUAUAAAUGAAAUAAAAAAAAGAAAUAUAUCAAUCGGUUAUACUCCUGGAGUUUUAACUGAUGCUGUUGCCGAAUUAACUGUGGGUCUACUUAUAGCAACUACGAGAAGAUUUUUUGAAUCUCAUCAAGCUUUAUUAGAUGGUGAAUGGCCGACAUGGUCUGCUUUGUGGAUGUGUGGAGUCGGUCUAAAAAACUCUACAGUAGGUAUUGUCGGAUUUGGAAGAAUCGGUCAAGCAGUUGCAAAACGAUUAAUCCCAUUUGGAGUGUCACAAAUUGUUUAUAGUGGGAGAAGCAAAAAACCUGAAGAAAAAGAAUUUAAUGCAAAAUUUAUGAGUCUUGACGAAUUGGUAACGAUAAGCGAUUUUGUUAUUGUUACUUGUGCCUUAACUCCAGAAACCAAAGGAAUGUUUCAUAAGGAUAUUUUUAAAAAAAUGAAACCUACAUCAAUUUUUGUAAACACAAGCAGAGGAGGUGUUGUUCAACAAGAUGAUUUAAUAAAUGCAUUAAAAACUAAUACGAUAGGAGCAGCUGGUUUAGACGUGAUGACACCAGAACCACUACCAACCGAUCAUGAGCUUCUUCAGUUAAAAAAUUGUGUUGUGAUACCUCAUAUUGGUAGUGCUACCUAUGAAUCAAGGCACAAUAUGGCACAACUUACAGCUAACAAUAUUAUAGCUGCUUUAGAAAAAAAACCAAUGCCAGCUAGUUUGUGA